AUGUGGAUUAUCAAGAGCCUGGUAGAGCUGCCAGCAUCCACCAGAAGCCUGUCAGACCUGAUUCUACCGUACGAGGAAACCACUUUAAGCAACUUCAUACCCUUCGAGGAUUUCACAGAGGAACCGCAGCGUGGUAACGCCUGGACACUGCGCAAGAGCUCUGGGCAAUCACUUGAGCAGCUGACCGCAAACGCCCCGACACUGGCUAAUACACGACUCGAUGUUCGCUCGGAAGCAGUCGGUCAGAUAUGGCGAAGUUUAGGCAAUAUGAUCCUUACCGCUGCAGAUCGAUCUCGGACAGAGACUGAUCCGAUAAUGCCGCAUGUCCUAGAAAUAAUCGCGUUUCUUCAUCACAGUGGGGUUGUCCCGGAGUCAGUUUACAACUAUACUCCUGCACAGGACUCAUCUGCUCUACAACAGCCUCCUACACUGCACUUGCUGUCCUCCAGGGUCUUGACGUCUUUGACUGAUGCUGCCUGGAGAGCACAUCAGACGACUGCGGCAUCCAAAGCAAAGAACACAGGCACAAGCUAUGAUUACGUAGGGCGUGACUUCCCCGGAGCACGGUACAAAGUGGCCAUUGAUGAGCUGGGCCCGGAGGUCUGGCUCGAGCUUGUGUUAUGGUCUUGUCUGCACGGACCGUGGCUGCUGGAUGGUGCCGCUAUACUCACAAGGAUGAGCAAAUAUGAGGGCGAUAGCAAAUGGUCCUUGGUCUGCUGGCAGGACGUACUCCGAUCCUCAGAGGAUCACGAGUCUCAGAAGGGCAAGGUUGAUUGGAACCUACUGCAACCCCUGAUUGGCGUUGACGCAAGGACACAAGAGCACCAGCAAAAUCGAUUGCGCGUAGAAAGAACAAUCAGUAGCGAGGUGGUGGCAGCCUUCGUUGACGGUCUCAUGAACCAGGUCAGAGUUGGCGUAGGAGCCAGAGGAGAAGAACCAAGGGCUAUUCUGGAACACGUAAACGGGCUCAAAAUGUUGCUGGACCGCGCAAACUUGGGUUUGGGUGGUACUUCUUGGGAUGCAGUGGUCGUUCGGUUCCUCGAGUCUGAAGGCAUCAAUGCUGAAAAAGACCCGGAUCUGCUACUUGACAUUCUGCGUCUAGUGCAACCAUUCGGCGCUGAGCUCAAUUUCGCUAAUGCGCCUGUAAAUAACGUGGAGUCUCAGGACCGACCAACCUAUGUUCUGGAUGGAUCUGCAGCGGCACUUGGCCUUUUGCAUCGAGCGAUACGUGCUUAUGCCCGGAUGGAGAAUACAGCAGGGGCCUUGCAAGCUUUUGAACAGCUUCAGUCACUGACAGAUUCCAACAAAAGAAGGUCACUUGAGGAGUUCUUCAGAAGUAUGAGAGACCAGACCCAGCAAAGCGCCGAUGGGAGUGGCAUGUUCGAUAGUAAAGUCUCCGGGAUAGACUACCCGAGCUUCUAUCCUCAGGUCCCGUCCACCAUUUUGGCCGCUCUGCUUGAUCUCAGCACACGUUCCAAAGCUUACGAUUUCGGAAAUUGGUUGCUUUACUCUGAAGAUAUCGAUGGACCGAUCAUUCCACCGAGCCUGUACGGUGACCGCCUUUUGGCACCUGCAAUCAUUCGCUUCGGAACCGCGACUCGUGACAAAGCUCUCUUAGCCAGGAUUAUUGAAGUACAGAGUCUAAGGUCCAGAAAAGGUAGUUCACGUCUUCCUGACGAAAUUCUGGUAGCGUUCAUCAACAGCCAGAUCGAGAACAGGAGGUGGGACUCAGUCGACAACAUCCUUAAGUAUCUGGGAGACCGGAAUCACGGCUGGGGCACUCAAACUGUUGCGGUUUUGGCAAGAGAACUAUUGCGCCAUGAAGUCCCUACUCAAAGUCAGGUUGGGAACGAAGAGUCCUUCAGCCAAGCCAAGAGAAUUUUCCGAGCCCUGCUACAAGGACUGUAUGGGCACAACGAUCGGGGAAUAUACCUCGAACUAAACGGUCUCUUGGGUGUUCUAUCAAGCGUCAGUCUAUCUUGGGCCCAGUAUUGCACAUCGCUCUUCUCCCGAAGUGGCGUGCAGCCGCUGCGUCUACCCACGCCGUGCUUCAACACUCUGUUGGAAGGCGUAGUAGAUGCCUACGGCAGCAUCCAUGGCAAACGUGUGUGGGAUAUCUGGUGCGAAGAUCUCGCAGACGGUCUGCCGCGAAACCCUCGUCAUCCAGGCGGUAUUUCAAGGCUGCCCAGAUAUCGACCUUCCAAAGACAUUGCCUCUAUGAAUAGCCUUCCAGACAUCAAGCUCGAUGACCUUCCUGACCUUGACAUAGCUUUCCGUGGCCGUGUGACUCCGACCCUUGCUACUAUCCGGAUCAUCAUUCGAAAGGCAAUCCAAGAACAGCAAGAACAGCUACAGGAGACACACUUGCACACACUCCGAGAGGACAGGCGUGAGCUCGUUCACUGGGCUGAACUGGUUCUUCGGAAAAUGGGCAUCCAGGACGAAGAUACUGCCCGCGAGCUCGGAGUUUUACGGCAGCAGAAAAGCGAUGACACUAUAUUCUACCCGUUGUUUGAGGAUACGGCAGUUCAAAUGGAUGCUACAAUCGAUUGA